CUUCGUCUAUUCUUAUACAUUAAAUUAUUGAAAUAAGACUAGUAAAAAAGUAUUUCAUCGUAAUGAAGCAUGUUUGUACAGUGAAUCAAACGUACAACGAUGUACUUGGCUUAUAAAACUUGCAACAGUUGAACUCGUUCCGGUGUUAUCGACCGCAUGCAAAAUUUAGUUUGUGGUAAUUCGUGUACGUACGAAUUAUGUUCAAUGACGAAGACGACGAUGAUGCUGUAUUCUUGAGUGAUCGGUUCGUUGUCGCAGAUCUACGUUAAAACACCCCAGUUCGGUAAGAAUAUCAACGUUAACUGUAAAAAUCGCGCUGGUAAAUCGAACAUACAGUGUUUUGUGUAAAAUAAUAACGAUAAAACUUUCGUUCGUACGAAUAGUAUAAUCCUGUAGCCGAAUGGAAGACGUGUAGUUUUUCCGGCUACUGCUAAAGUUUCGAGUUCGGUUAAUUCAUCAUCCAAAUGUCGAUAUGACCUCAAAAGGAUCAUUCUCCGAUGAUCGAAUUUACGACGAUUUUGAACUGAGUACCAAUCCCAGCGAACCGCAUCUGGGUGAUAUGGCAUCGAAGCCGUCAGCUCCUUGGCUGAAUCGCGAAAAAGUACCGGAAGAUGAUACAACUCGUUUGUUAGAAUACGAACGCUCGUUUAAAAAAGGUCAAUUGGGCGACCAUUAUCCUCGCAAAGCUGCCAGACAAAACCCAGCCGAAAUCGAAAGCCAAGCUAAAACAGUUCGCUCGUUGCAAAGAGAGAAAAUGAAAUUCGGCGAGACUUUCAGCGAGUGGGCUUACGACGAUGAAUACGAUAACGAAGAUAAAUCCGAUGAUAAAGAUGACGUCGGUUACGAUCCUGUGCAAAUGUAUCAUGAUACCGCGGCGUCCAGACUUUUCACCCAAGAACGAUUCUCGAACGAGGAUAUUUAUAACGACCUGCUCGACGAGAACUAUCCAAACGCCGGUAACCGUAGAUCGGGUAAAGUUGGUAAAAUCGUAGUCGAGAAUAAACUCGAAGAGAAGCUGAAAGCUUCGUUAAUUGAACCCAAAACACCCGGUCGAACUUCUCAUAUGGAGCCCAGAACACCUUCUCGAAUGGAACCCAGAACACCUUCUCGAGCUUCGUUGAUGGAACCCAAAACACCCUCUCGAAUGGAGCCCAGAACACCCGGUCGAAGUUCUCAUGUUGAACCCAGAACACCCGGUCGAAGUUCUCAUAUGGAACCCAGAACACCUUCUCGAUCCUCGUUAAUGGAACCCAGAACACCCGGUCGAGCCUCGUUAAUGGAACCCAAAACACCUCGAGCAAAUCGAGGAGGCGAAGACGAUGAUGUGAUCAUCUUAGACGACUGUAUGCCAACCGGUGCACGACUCAGAAACGACACUAAUAAAAUCAAAAUCUCUCUCAACUCGGACCAUAAACAUAAAUCCUUCCCUCAAGAUUCGGGUUUCGAGGACGAUGCCCCUGUUCCAGGUACUGAACUCGAUCACCCUACAAAGAUACCAGUUCUAGAGACUCGAGCCCCUGCGGGUGCUGCUGCUUCUGCUCGUCAAUUUUCCAAUCCUGCGUUCGCUAACUACUUCAACCCUUUUCCCGGAGCCGUUAUACCCGAGACGCGUGCAGGUCGUAAUUUCAAUCCCGAACCGCCUUCAUCGGUGGAAUUCUUUACGGUCAGACCGCCUCAACCUGCAGGAUUCACUCCUUCUCAUGGCUGGGUACCUGGUAAUCAAACAACUACGCCUGUUCUGGCUCCUGUCGCUGAUAAAGCCCCUCGUGCUAAAGACUCUUCUAAAGCUGAUAGUAAGGUUACGAGCGAAGAUGCUGUCAAAGAAGAAAUUCGUCAACAGAACCAGAAACUUAUGGAUCAACGUGAUCAAUAUCUUCAGAAAUACAAUUCACUCAGCGAAGAGCUCAACAAAUUGAGGAAAACGAAGGAAGGUUUGAUGGAUACGAAAACUCCUCAAGCGGACGAAAUCCUCAGAGAGAAUACCAAACUACAAAACGAAAUAUCAAAUAAAAUUAAAGCGGUUAAAAACGUGAUCGACAUGUUGUCGAAAAUCAUCAAAGAUGAAGGAUUGAAAGGAUCAGCUGAUAGUUCGGAGGAAGGAUCGAAGAAAGCCGACGAUGACGAUAACGCGAAAGAACACAGAAGGAAACGCAGAUCUCGAUCAAAAUCACGUUUCCGGUCACGAUCCAAGUCACGUCGUCGAUCCAGGUCCAAAUCACGUCGCCGGUCGAAAUCGCGUAUUCGUCCUCGAUCCAAAUCGCGCGCACGACUCCGAUCCAGAUCACGAUCCAGGUCCCGUUCCAGAUCCCGUUCGAGAUCUCCUCGAUCACGACGCCGUCGUAGAUCGCGUUCGCGCGAUAACUACUAUCGCGGACGUCGUUCCACUUCCAGGGACAGGAAGCGAAACAAACGAGAAAAAGACGAAAAGGUCGUCUCCAGUAGUACGAGCGCCGUGUCUCCGGUACAGACUCCAAAGGCAGCUUCACCUACGGCCGUUAAUCCUCCUCCACCUUCCCCAAAGAAGGAAACGGUACCGGUAGAGAAACCGAAAGAAGUCAAACUUUCGGAUAGAUUCAAAUCGUCUUUCGAAGAUGUAGUAUACAAUCGGCCCGUCGAGCCGCCCAAACCUCCCGAAGGUCCGAAAUUCUCUAGGUUCUCAGAUAAACCAAAAAAACCCGAAGUUCCAGUCCCCGCGGUUCCCGAGAAGCCUAAACCACCCAAGCACGUAUCACGAGGUUGGGUUCGAGGUACCGCCGAAACCGUGAAUUACGUUUACUACGAUCCGGAAAUACACUGGUGUCGAGUUUGCAACGUGUUCCCGAAAACCGCCAAGGAGUAUUUGUUGCAUUUGCACGCUGAGGAACAUAAGAAAGUCUUGACGACUAAUAACUUGAUCGAUUAUCCGUGGCACAAGAAUGUAUCAGAUGCAAGAAAGCCAACCAUUCCCGAUGCUCCUACAGAAAGGAUUCCUAUUCGAGGUUUGCCAUUCUUUGUCUCGGCGACUGCGUGGUACUGUAAGCUGUGCGACCAAUGGAUGGGUGAUUUACAUUGCGCUUCAGCUCAUUUGAAAUCGGAUGAACACGAAAGUAAUUACAUGACUUUCUUGGAAUCGAAUCCGAAAUGGGAAGACCACUGGUUGGAUAGUCGAGCGAAGGCCCAUUCGACGCAUACGGUCAAAGCGCCCGAAACCGUGACUCCGGCUUAUUCGAUGGAAACUUACAUCAAACCUAACCCGACUCCACCACCUCCGCCGCCGAUUCACUUACGCCCCUCGGGCGACAAGAAACGUUCGACUAGUACGAGCAGCACGAGCAGCAGUUCCAGUUCGUCGAGCAGCAGCAGUGCUCGCGGAUCGCACAAGAAGAGAAAGAAAACCAAAAAGAGUAAGGAUCGUAAACGUAGCGUGGAAAAAGAAAAAGAUACGAAAUUCAAGAUGGUCGUAUCGGAUGCGAAGAAAGUUCGAAAGACGCACGUAUCGGAGCCGGCUGUGCCGACGACUGUAUCGUUCGAUGACGACGAAGAAGAAGAAGAUAAAUUUGUACAGGAGUGGAUGACUCCGGGUCGCAGUAAAAGUAAAGAUAAAGAUUUCCAAGAACUUAAGAAUAAACUUAAUAAAAAGAAAGAGGUCGUUUUGCCGGCUCUGCCUCCGUCGAUGGAGAAGAAUAAAGCGGUCAUAGACGCCGGGGCGAAGAGAAUUUCUACUAGUCGUCGUAGUCGCAGUCGCACUCCGGAAAGGGAUCGAUCGCGAAGGGACGACGAUCGAGAUCGAAAUCGAGGAGGCAGAGCUAGUCGAUUCGAAGACAGAAAACUAUCACCUCGUGACGAUUCUAGAUACAAAAAAACCAACGGUAGCGAUUCGAGAUCGUCGGAUAAGUACAACGAUAAAAAUAGCUCUAGAGAUGGUAAAUCCGGCGGCGGCGGAGAUUCUUCGUCCAAGAGCGCUCCUAAGAAAACCAUCAUCGAUCGAAGGUUCCCAUUUAUUGGUAAAAUGCCUUCGAAAAACGCGCUGAAAAAGACCAACGAUCCGGCCGAUGCGAAAGCUAAAGCUAAUCAGACGAAAGAAGCAGCUGCGUCGAGCACCUCUGUUAAACCGGCUGAUCCUCCGAAACCAGCCGAGCCUCCAAAGCCCGUGGUUCCGGCUAAGCCAGCCGAGCCUGCGAAACCUGCGAAGCCAGCAGAUCCGCCGGCUAAGACGACCGAUCAGCUGGCGAAAUCUAUUCAAAAACAACUCGCAGAAUACGAUCGCGAUCGUCCGCGAGACGUUGACGUGGCUGUGGUCGAUAUGGAUAUCAACGAAGACGAAGACCAGCCAGUCAGCAUCGUCGUCGACGAUAAUGUCUCGAGAAAGAAAGAUUUCGACCAAACGCUGAAACUACUCUAUCCGGAGAACAAACCGCAGCCUAGUCAAGCCGACAUCGCCGCUUUUCCACCCAACUUAUCCCAAGAUUACUUAAUCUCGUUGAUUAAAUCGACCAUCAAAAAUAGGCAACUAACGUUGAACGACGGUAACGAAAACUCGCAAAUACUAGAAAUCGCAUCGACCAUGCAGCAAAUGCUGUUCAACAACAUGACCAACAUGCCGAACGUGGCCGAUAUACCGAUACCGACCGACGAUCGACCCGUCCACAUCUCCAGCCAGGAACAACUCUACAACGUACCCCUACCGGAGCAACCGGACGUACCCGGGGUCGAAGAAGAACCCGAACCCGAUCCUCCUGGCACCGGAGACGAUUCGGCCUCCGCUAAAAAGAAAAAGAAUCCGAUUUCUCAAAAGAAACGUAGGCACAUGAGGAAAAUCCGAGAGAAGCUCGAAGAGCAAGAGAAACUGCUGCAGCAGAAAAUCGAAGAGUGUACGAGUCAAAGCGAGAACUCGUCAGAAAAGAGCGUCGAUACGAAUGCUUCUGCUGCGUCUACUUCGGACUCAGCCAAGACCUCGGCUGUGACCCAAGAUACGAAAAUGGAAGCGGAAUCAUCGGAGCUUCCUAAUGUUAUGGAUAGCGAUCUAAUGAUGUUGGGCAUUGACGAAGGUGACUCGGCAGCGUUGCUUUUUUAACACUUUUUACCAUUUUUAAUGGAUAACUCGCUGGACGUUGGUACUCCCUUCGAUAUCGAUACGAGAGUUUUUGUUGAUUUGUGUGGUUGAGAUUUUAAUAAUUUUUAAGUUGUAUUUUGUCGCGUGAAAUCGAUUAUAAGUUUCGGUUAUUAUUAUUUUUUUUCUUUCGUUUUCUUCUUUCUUUUUUUUUUACGUAGUUUACCAAUUUAAUAAUGAAUAUUCCUUAUUUUAGUGUAUUUUUCGAAAUAAAUGUAUCAAGUUUUUA